GGCACUGGGGGAGACGCUACACCCGGCAGGACUGCCCUCAAUGCGUUGUGUGGGGGAAAAGAUUUCUCAUGUGGUGACAGUUACUUUUCUACCAGGCAUUCCGUUACUUUCUCCACGUAUAUACGUACUGCACUGCUGCGCAGAUGGCGGUCAUCCCCAUUUUCUUUUUAACAGCAUCCCUGGGUGUAUGACGGAACCACUAGGAAACAACUAGAAAGACACAGCCAUGACGUCUGUAUUGCCCAACCAGAAGGAUAUGGGAAGUGGAACAUACACUUUCUCCAGCCAUCCAAGGGUUGUUCAAAAUCGCAGGAAGUACCGAGGAGUAGAGCCACUAAUGUUUGAAGAGACAUAUAAUUAUGGAAACAUUAUGUAUGACCCAAGGGUGGUGCGAGGCAAUACCUAUGCUCAACAUAUGUUACCUCUGUCUGCCCAGCCAGAUCCAGUGGAGAUUCAGAGGAAUCAGGAGGCACGAAGGAGAGCACUGGCCAAAAAACGUGCCAAGGAGCUGCUGAGGCCUAGGACACCGGAGGCUGUAGAGGGAAGGAAACACAUACACGUGCAGACAGAGCUGUACCUGGAAGAGCUCAGCGAUCGCAUUGAGGAGAAGGACAUGGAGUGCCAGACAGAUGCUUUCCUGGAUAGACCACCCACACCUCUCUUCAUCCCAGCAAAGACUGGGGCUGAUGUCGCAACUCAAAUCCUGGAAGGAGAACUUUUUGACUUUGAUCUGGAGGUAAAACCAAUACUGGAAGUGUUGGUUGGAAAAACAAUUGAACAGGCUCUGCUGGAAGUAAAGGAAGAAGAGGAGCUGGCCAACCUAAGGGCACAGCAGCGAGCUUUUGAGGAGCUACGUAAUGCUGAGCUCGCAGAGGCCCAACGGCUCGAAGAGCAAGAGAGGCGGCACAGGGAGGAGAAGGAUCGGCGCAAACAGCAGCAACGGGAAAUGCUCCUUAAAGAAAAGGAGACGGCAGAAAAAGUGGCAGCUAGGGCGUUCGCACAGCAAUACCUGACUGAUCUUAUUCCAUCUGUGUUUAGCAGUUUAAGGGACAGUGGCUACUUCUACGACCCACUGGAAAGAGAUGUAGAGACAGAGCUCAUGCCAUGGCUGAUGGACGAAGUGGAGAAAACAUUAGAAAAGAAUGAUCUGGGAAGAACAAUGCUUGACAUAUUGAUACGUGAUGUAGUCGAAAAGCGGAUUGAUGAUUUCAGAAAUUUGGAGUUAAAAGGCCCUGCAUCACCAGACAUAUAAGAAAAAAAAAGACAUUUGAAGGAACAUCAGUCUACAUCUUUGUCUCCAGAAUGCAACAAACAUCAAUAUAUAGACUCAAACAACACAAUGGAAAAGAUAAAUAUAUAUUCUGCAAGAAAAAAGAUGAAUAAAGAACACUAUUUUAUUGACUAAUGCAUUUGUGCUGCUUCUCACAGCAAUAUUAAAAUCAAAACUAAAAAUAUAUAUACCCAUGAUAAUGGUUCAUUCAUUAGUAUUUAUUAAGCUGGCCAUUCAAUCUGGUCUACCCUUAGCCAAGCUACAGAAUCUAUGGGUGAUUAGGCAAGAUGCAGACAUUCAGCAUGCAGGCUGAUUGACCAUAUGAUUUCAGGUAUGUUAGUCUAGCCAGAAGUCGACCAUACACACGGGCAAUAGCAGACAUCAUCACUCCUCACGAGACUGCAUUUACUGACAUGCACAGUAAUUAUCUUAUCAUUUUGAGCCCAUACACAUGCACAUUUCUUACCAAAUUUAAAUGCCUGAUAUCCAAGGCAGUAUUGUAACAUGAGUAACCAGCAUUAGAAAUUGCCUUUAUGUAAUUAGAGCAUAGAUUCUUAAACUCAGUCCUCAGGACCUUUAGCAGUUUGUUUUUCCAGGGCUCCUCACAAUCGCAAGUGAAAUAAUCAGCUCCACCUGUGGCUCUUUUAAAAUGUGUAAAUGAAUAAUGAAUAUACCUGUGCACAUGCCAGGUGACUUAGAAAACGUAAACUGUUUGGGGACCCUGAGAACUGAGUUUGAGAACCUAUGGAUUAGACCACAGCUUCCCCAACUCGGUCCUCAAGACAACCGUAAGGGCCUUACACAUUUAAAGAUCUGCGGCCGACGGGCGACCCGGCGGCGGGGGGGGGCAGUGACGGGGGGAGUGAAGUUACUUCACUCCCCCCAUCACCCGGCUCCAUAGAAGUGCAGGCAAAUAUGGACGAGAUCGUGCAUAUUGGCCUGCAUGCACAGCCGACGGGGCACCAGCGAUGAACGAGCACAGGGCCGCACAUCGUUCAUCGCUGGUGAUUCCACACUCAAAGAUAUGAACGUUAUCUCUUUCAAUAAUGAACGAGAUCAUUCAUAUCUUUGAGGAUUAUCGGCCAGUGUGUAGGGCCUAUAACAGUCCAGGUUUUAAGGACAACCAUGCUUGGUCACAGGUGACUUAAUUAGCUCCUCAGUCAAUAUGAUUUAACCAUCUGUGGUCAGACAUGAAUAUUCUUAAACCUGGACUGUUAGGGUGCUUUGAGGACAAAGUUUGGGAACCACUAGAUAAGACAAACUACAAGAGGGCUUUUUUCUGAUGUGUCCAUUGUGAAAGUAGUGCUAACAGAGGUGUUGCUAAGUGAUCCCUUUGGAGAAAGCAACAUAAAAUAGCCACAGUUGGGCUGUUUCAAAGUGGAAGUAAAAGGAGUUGGGGGGUUUUUUUGUGUGUAUUUCUGCAUAUAAGAUACUGUACAUGCAAGAUGCGUAUUCCUUUGCAUAGACAGAAUAUGUGGCUAUUUUCCGUCAAGUCAUCAUCAUGACUUGAGUACUUGCACCUUCAUAUAGCAUGUUAUUGUUUCCAAACUGCAUUCUCACAUUUGCUCUUAUUUUCUGAGCUCACUCUGAAUUUACAAACAAUACGUUAAGCAGAUGGGUGUGAAUUCACCCCUGCAUCAGUGUGUACUGUUUUUGUGUGUAAUUCAUGUAGAAAACAAGAAAAUGUUCACUGACGUCACAUUCUGAAUGACUUAUUACCCCUUUAUCCACCCUUCAUAAAUACUACAGUAGGUUCUGCUUACUGUACAUUGAUAUGACUGAACAAAAUAAACAGAAAAAUGGCAAUAUUGA